AUGGCACCUCCAAAGAAGGCGAAUGUGCCCAAAACGUCGUCCUUGUCCGCUGAACACGGACGACGCAAGACUCGUAACAGUGCCCAGACUUCUCAAGUACUGGCUGAGCUAGAGAACGAUGUCUCUAUGGAGCCGGAGCAAGAAUCAGAAGAUGAUGAUAUGGCUCCACCACCGCAGCCACAUAGGAAGCGCGGCGUCACUGCUCGUAUAAGGUCCAACGCAUCGCAAGAAGAGGAGGAAGAUAUGCUCGACAACAUAACUCUCGCUCUACCGGUCCCUAAACCAAAGCAGAAAUCGAAACCGAUCCCAUCCCUCAAAACACCUGGCGAAUUCGAUCAUGUCGUACUCAAAGAUGAGGCUGGUUGCAAAGACUUCCUCAUUAAGGCUGACGGAUCCGAAGAGUAUUUGCGAGACAUGAAAACCCUGGAGGUCCAUCUCGACACAACUAAACUGUUCGCAUAUACAGAGGACCGUUUCGCAAUGGCACUCAACAAGCUACACCCUCGGGGCGACAACGCUACCAAUCCUCACGACUUACAAACCCUUCUGCUAGUCGUAAAAGGCAACAUUCUCCUUACGCGUUACAGCUACCACCUCAUAUCGCCACACCUAUCUGCCUUUGUAAACGACAAACUGAAGAAGCUAGCCGACGGCAAACUGUCCGACGAGGAAAGGGAGAAGCUACCCUACAAGAUGAACAGUACGGAGAAGCUUCUCGCGAACGCGCUACUGGGUAUUCGUGGAGUGAAGCAGGUUUCUAUCGAGAACAAAGGAAAAGGAACAGUCGAAGCAGACUUUGCUGCGACUAUCAAAGCUACAUUGAUACAGCCUCUAGGGACUGAUAUCGUGGAGGUCAGCGAUGAAGAGUCUGAGUUCUCUACGCAUGUGUUGAACAGGCUUAGGUCGAUCUACUCGAAUGCGUAUUCUGGGGACGCGCUGAACCCAUACGCUUCUCUGGCUCCACCGGAAGUAGAGCCGGUGAAUGAUUCGGAGGAUUCAGACGAUGAUUUGCCGACCGCUGCUAUCGCAGAACCGCAGAAACAUGUCAGACGCAGGCCGAAGGAGGAUGAUCCCGUCAUAAUGUCUGGGCCACGGACGCGUGGAACGAUGGCCAAGAAGGCUGAAGAGGUUGGGGAGAACGACGAGAAUGGCAAUGAAGAGGAUGAGCACGAAUACCAUGGCUUGGGACUCAAGGAGAUGGUUCGAAUCUACAAGCAGAAGUCGCGUCCGGGCGAUAUGGAUUCGGAGGGAAGGUACGACGUGUUGCCAGUAGUCCUGACGGCGGAGCAGGAAGCGGUUGAAAUGGGCUGGAAAGUGUAG